CCGAGGGCGAGUGGGGGUGAAGGGCCUCAGACAUAUGCAGGGGAGAGACCAGUGGAUCGUACGCUGUUUAUCCUACUAUCCCUAGCUAUCGUGACAAUGUCGUCGCUUCUACUUGGUUGGUAUUUGGGAUUCGCAGUCGCAUCUACUCUACUAAUGCAAUUGUAGGCUCUCGCUUCAAUCGGUUAAGGCGCAAUGCCGGCAUGAAACGAAACAUGACUUUCACGCUUGUGCUCCUCUUGUAUGUCCUGCUCAUGAUGUUCGUUAUCGCUCUCUUGGUAUUGCACAGCGGCCAAGGGUUGUAUACCUACAACCUUUGCCUUGCAACUACCUGGUUGGUGUGUGUGUGUCUUGUCCUCUAUGCGUUGACAAAAAGCGUAAUUUACAUAUUUCUUGUCGAACGCAUUCAUGUUGUUCGCGCACCAUAUGUAACUCGCCGUAGCGAUUGGGUAUAUAUCGGGAGCAUGGUGUUCAUGCUGACCGCCUCAGCCGGUAUCGUUAUCAACGCCUGGCUUCAUCCCUACACCGCUAUGGAUCCUAAGUCGGGGCGAUGUCACACGGGAAUCCAAAGGAAGGUCACGGUGCCUUUCCUAAUCAUUGACAUCGUUAUGGACGUUGCUCUCACUCUGGUUUUCUUCUAUCUUCUCCAGCCAGUGCUCAAGCAGAACGGGAACUGGAGCCUUUCCAUUAUUUUUGGCAGCAGUAAAGCGCGGUCAGGAAUGGUCGAGCUAGAGGGAAGCAGUGAUACGGCGGUGCAAAGGAGCAUUCGAUCAUUGCUGCAGAAGAGCAUCAUAGGAGCGUUCGUCAUUACGGUGAUCACCCUGAUACUUUUCAUCGUACAAUAUUUCUUUGUGGAAGGAAAGGGCGUCGCUUUGGUUUGCAGUAGCAUCUGCCUUGCGGAUGUAUUCUGGGGUUACGUCGUCAUCCAUUGGCUCACCGAUGGAGCAUCUACCGAGGCAGAAAAAGACAUCAGCUGCUCUUCUGAGCUGACGAUUUCGGCACAGAGAAUCGAUCGCCUCCCCACGUGAUCUUCGUCAGGUGGAUCCGGACC